AUGCUUACUCAACAUCAAGAUGACAAAGAAGUCGUGAUUGCUUACAUGAGUAAAGCACUAAAAAAAAAUCAACAGAACUACUCAACUACUGAAAGAGAAACAUUGGCUGUAAUAACUGCGUUAGAACAUUGGCGAUGUUACCUAGACAAUGGUAAAGAAUUUACAAUAUAUACUGACCAUGCUGCACUUAAAUGGUUUCAGAACUUAUUGAAUCCAUCAGGAAGACUUGCUCGCUGGACAUUACGCUUAUCUUGCUUUAACUUUGUCCUGAAACAUAAAAAAGGAAAGGAUAACGUUGUUCCAGAUUUAUUAUCAAGACAUAAGAAUCAAGAACGUCCUGAUACACGAGAAAUUUCACCUCAAGGCGUACAUCCUAUUACGAUUGAAGAACCACCCGAUCGUAAACUUGAGCACUACAACAAGAUUUUUCUCGGAUGCUCCAACAAACCAAACUCAUAUCCCAACUAUACUAUCAGGGAUAACAAACUUUACCGCUGCAUCCAUUCUCCCGAUCGUCUAAACGAUGACUUUAUUUGGAAAGAAGUUCCACUACCUCAAGAUAGACAUGCAAUUAUUGAAGUUAACCAUGGUUCCCCUUCAGAACUCCAUCUUGGUAUCUUCAAGACAUUCAAGAAAAUAUCUUUGGUUAAUCCUACGGAGAAGUUUAAUAGUACAAUUAUUACAGCUCUAGCAUCUCUAGUAGGAGACGAUCAUAGAUCAUGGGACAACCAUCUUACUAAGAUUCAGUACGCAAUGAACAGCGCUACAAAUGUAGCUACUGGCUUUACUCCAAAUUUUUUAGUCUUUGGUAGGGAAACAAUACCUUCUAUACUCCAACUCAGAACCUCGAGGAAUUAA